AUGGGUUACAGGACUGUGGUGAUGUACAUGGAGAUUGGCUGCUUUGUGGUCUGUGUGUCUGGAUGGAUCUUGGUCUGUUCUACAAUGCCAACAGAGAUCUGGACUUGGUCUGAAGUUGACAGCAUAGUCCUGACAACUUCAAACUACUUCUCCAACUUGUGGAAGGAUUGUAUAUCUGAUUCAACUGGAGUAUCUGACUGCAAGGGCAUUCCAUCAAUGCUUGCACUGAACUGGGACAUUCACAUGUGCCGAGCUCUCAUCAUCAUCGCUAUCAUCUUGGCUUUCUUUGGAUCAGUUCUGGUCUUAGUGGGAAUGAAAUGCACUAAGAUUGGGGGAUCAGAGAUUGCUAAUGCAAGAGUAACCUUUGCUGGGGGGAUAAACUACCUUAUCGGAGGGAUGUGUUCCAUGAUUGCUUUCUCCUAUUAUGGAAACAAAAUUAGAGCAGAAUUCCAAGACCCUAACUACAAAGCUCAGAAGUUUGAAAUAGGUGUUGGUGUGUUUGUUGGCUGGGGCGGAUCCACCUUACUUGUUGUUGGAGGCCUUAUUUACAGUAUCUUUGCAGGGAGGGAAGGGUGUCAUUCCAGCUCAAAACACCACCCUGCCUACCAGUUCCCUGACGCCUACACAGUUGUCCCGACAAAAAAGAACCUUGUUUCUGUGGCUCGUACUGAGAUGAGUGAGAGCAGAAAAUCCAGGAACACCAGUGUCAGCGGAGACAGCAGCAUCUCUCGGGUCACCAGUAUCACCAAGACGACAGAGACCACUAAUGCAUAUGUGUGA